GUUGACAAAGCUUAUGAUUAUUUCAGAGAGAUUACUACACUGCCAACUACCCCAGUUGAUUUUAGGGUAUCUGUCAGUGGUUUACAGGGACAGCAGUCAAAGUGUAGGGGUAUCUACUUGAGGGAGCCUCAUCAUUUCAAGCGAUCCACUCAUCACCUUGUCACAGUUGAUCCUUGCUUCCCCGAGGACACCAGCCCUCGUGAUAAAUUGGACUUUACCGAGAGGAUCACUCUUGUUCCUACACAGCCAUGGGUCCACUCAUCCAAGCACAUUAUACUAGCAUCAUCAGGAAGGCAGUUUAGUGUUACUAUUGAUGAAUCUGGUCUUGAACCAGGAGCUCAUUAUGCUGAAGUUCUUGGUUAUGGUUCCAGAGAAGACAAAGGCCCAUUGUUUAGAUUGCCAGUGACAGUUAUUAUGCCAACACCUUUAACAGACAAGUUUACUUUUGAUUGUCCUCAGCUCCAGUUAUCUCAUUCAACUAUUAAGAGAUAUUUCUUUCACGUACCAACUGAAGCAACAUGGGCAGAAUUAAAGUUUACCAGUCACAAUGAAGUGACCCGCUCCAAGCUUUGGGUGCACACCAUUCACCUUCUGCCAGAGAAAGCUUACAGAGAGAAAGAAACCUUAGACUCCAUCAUACUAGAACCAGAAGCAAGCAACACGCUCAUCGUCCCAACCGUGGGUGGACAUACCAUGGAGCUGGUCGUGACCCAGUAUUGGACAGAGUUCCAUCCAUUGACUGUGUCUUUUAAUGUUUCAUUUCAUAGUUUGCGUCCCUCAUCCAAUAACUUCAUACUGCAUUCCAACACAUCAUGGACAAGACUUGAUGUGUCCUGCAAUUACAGACUAGAGGAGCUGUAUCCUGAAUUCAAACUAACUCACCAUUGCCUAGCAAGACGGCCAACUGAAGCUGUUAUUAAGCCAUUGAGUAACACAAGGCAAGUCCUAAUAGAUGGUAAACAGAUUUAUGAACUAAGACUCACGUACAACUUCUAUUUGAGUAAGACGUGUGAAGUGAGACCCAAUGCUCAUUUAUUGAGUGAUUUAUUGUAUGAGAGUCCUUUCUGUGGUCAGCUUUGGAUGGUUUACAGCUCAAAUAAACAACUGAUGGGAUCUGGUGAUGCAUACCCUAAGAAUUACUCAGUCAAACUUGAUAAAGGAAACUAUACUGUUAUACUGCAGGUUCGUCAUGCUACGAGAUCAGAGUUGGAGUCACUCAAGGACCUGCCUAUCACCAUUGAGAUCAAGAUGCCUACUUACAUACUAGUGGAUAUUAGCCCAACACGCUGCGGUCAGACCAAGUGGGGAUCCACCAUAACAGCUAGGCCAGGCUCUACUCUACCCCUGUAUGUAUUUGGGCCUUCAGAUGACAGAGUAAGUAAGUCAGCAGGUCCUAACACCAGUCCUGGUGAUUUCUUGACUGGAACAUUCACUCUAUCAAAGAACGACUUAGUCAAAAAGAAAGUAGUGUAUCCUGUUCAGUAUAUUCUUGGUCCUAAAGCUAGCAGGGGUAACUCUGGCCCUCCCAAGAAGAAGGAAAAGGAUUAUGAAGGAGCUCUUAAAGAAUUUAGACUUCACUGGAUGAGCAAAGGGAAAGUUAGUCCUGCUGAGCUAGAGGAAGAAUUUGGUGAUGAUUUAGAGUUCCUGAUGGCUAGACUAACAAUGAUUGAAGCCGACAAAAAAAAUGUAUGGGGUGAGGAAGUUGCUACUAUAGUGAGCAAGAUCCAGUCACAGGUAUUCAACCCAUCCAUCACUGAAUGCUAA